GGACCCCCACCCAGUGACUGCAGCUCAUCCCAACCCCACCCAGACCUGGCCCCGGAGGCUCAGAAAACUUGUUCUCCAGGGAGUGGCAGCCGGAGUCUGAGCUGUCCUGGGGGACUGGGUAAGAGCUUAAGACGGACGACCUCAGCAGGGAGGGCACAGACCAUCGCAUCAGGCAGACCCAGGCAUGGCCAGCAGGAAGGCCAAGAAGAAGGAGGGGGGGCCCCUGCGGGCCCAGAGGGCGUCAUCGAAUGUCUUCUCCAACUUUGAGCAGACCCAAAUCCAGGAGUUCAAGGAGGCGUUCACACUCAUGGACCAGAACCGAGACGGCUUCAUUGACAAGGAGGACCUGAAGGACACCUACGCCUCCCUGGGCAAAACCAACGUCAAGGAUGAGGAGCUGGACGCCAUGCUCAGGGAGGCCUCGGGGCCCAUCAACUUCACCAUGUUCCUGAACAUGUUUGGGGAGAAGCUGAGCGGCAUGGAUGCCGAGGAGACCAUCCUCAACGCAUUCAAGAUGCUGGACCCCGACGGCAAAGGCAGCAUCAACAAGGACUACAUCCGGCGGCUGCUCGUGUCCCAGGCCGACAAGAUGACGGCUGAGGAGGUUGACCAGAUGUUCCAGUUCUCCACCAUCGACACUGCAGGCAACUUGGACUACAAGGCCUUGAGCUACGUGCUCACCCACGGGGAGGCGGAGUGA